GGUAGUCUUCUGGUCGGUUAGCACCGUCUUCCAGCGCGGCAAAGGGCUCCCAUUCGGGUGGCUAGGAUUGCUCGGCUUUGCAGAGGGACUGUCGUACUUGGCAGCUCUACUUCUUGGAGUGGCUGCUGUGGCCACAAGCUUGCGAGCGCCCUCUGUGACGCCCCAGGCGCCAACAUUCAAGUCACCGACGCCAACAUUCAAGUCGUCGGCGCCAAGUUUCCGCUCAUCAACGUAUUCCUAUACGGCUCCAAGCACAAGCACGAGUUCUAUGCCACCAAACUUGUCAGUGCCCGACUUCAAAAUGCCAACAAUCAAAGUGCCAGAAUUGCCUGAGUUCAAAACCCCAGAGCUGCCAUCAAUCAAGGUGCCAGAACUUCCCGCAAUCAAGGCACCAGAGAUCAAGGUCCCUGACCUUGGCGCAGCUCCAUCUGCAAAACCAAGGACAGGCCAACCGCAGUAUUCCUCAAAUCUUGAUGAUUUGUUUGGCUCCGACAUAGAACCGAAGCAAAAACGAGAAGACGGCCUGAAGGCAAAAGAAGCAAAUAAACGGGAAGAGGCCAAGCAAGCAGAAGAAGAGAGAAAGACAGAAGAGGCCAGAAAGCGUGAAGAGGCAAGAAAGGCGGAAGAAGAGAGGAAGGCAGAAGAGGUCAGGAAACGUCAAGAAGUUAAGAAGGCCGAAGAAGAGAGAAGAGCAGAAGAGGCAAGGAAACGUGAAGAAGCCAAGAAGGCAGAGGAAGAGAGAAAGGCAGAAGAGGCCAGGGAGAAGAAGGCAGAAGAGGCCAGGAAACGCGAAGAAGCCAAAAAGGCUGAAGAAGAGAGGAAGGCAGACGAGGCCAGGAAACGUGAAGAGGCCAAGAAAGCUCAAGAAGAGAGGAGGGCCGAAGAGGCCAGGAAACGUGAAGAGGCCAAGAGAGCUGAGGAGGAGAGGAGGGCUGAAGAGGCCAGGAAACGUGAAGAAGCUAAGAAGGCCGUUGGGCAGGACAAGCAAGAGGAUCCUAAGAAGCUUGAAGAGGAGCGGAAGGCGGAAGAGGCCAGGAAACGAGAAGAAGCCAAAGAAGAGAGGAGGGCAGAAGAGGCCAGGAAACGUGAAGAAGCAAAGAAGGCAGAAGAGGACAGGAAGGCGGAAGAGGCCAGGAAACGCGAAGAGGCCAAGAGAGCUGAAGAAGAGAGGAGGGCUGAAGAGGACAGGAAACGUGAAGAAGCCAAGAAGGCAGAAGAAGAGAGGAAAGCCGAAGAGGCUAGGAAACGUGAAGAGGCCAAGAGAGCUGAAGAAGAGAGGAGGGCUGAAGAGGCCAGGAAACGUGAAGAGGCCAAGAGAGCUGAGGAAGAGAGAAAGGCAGAAGAGGCGAGGAAACGUGAAGAAGCUAAGCAGGCUGAAGAGGAGAGGAGGGCAGAAGAAGCCAGGGAGAAGAAGGCGGAUGAGGCCAGGAAACGCGAAGAGGUUAAGAGAGCUGAAGAAGAGAGGAGGGCUGAAGAGGACAGGAAACGUCAAGAGGCCAAGAGAGCUGAGGACGAGAGGAAGGCAGCAGAGGCCAGGAAACGCGAAGAGGCCAAGAGAGCUGAAGAAGAGAGGAGAGCUGAAGAGGCCAAGAAACGUGAAGAUGCUAAGAAGGCCGAAGAAGAGAGGAGGAGCGAAGAGGCUAGGAAACGUGAAGAAGCCAAGAAGGCAACUGAAGCCAGGAAGACAGAACAACCCAAAGGGGAAAGCUCUGGAGUUGGGAGUUUUCUGGCUGAUCUUGGACGCAUUGGAAGAGAGACAUUGGUGGAACAGCCAAAGGCAGCAGAGAAAAAGGAAGCUACCCCAGUUGUUCCGUCCAUCAAGUAUGACCUGUUUGACCUUUGAACGUCAAACCACAUGCUGAUCCCUACUGAAAGAAGCUGGGAUGCCAUGGAUGACUGUGGCAAGCUCAAAAGUGUGGCAAUUGUUUAAUCUUGGUGUACAGCCUAUGGCGGCAUGCUUUUGAACCAACGGUCGCCAGCUUGUAGCACGGACUUAUUCUUCGUGCUUGUCCUUUAUCUUGGCAUAUUCACUAGGUGGGCAAAGAAUUGGUUCUUUGUUGCGCCCGUCUUUUGAAACGAAGCUGUGGAGCUCGCAGGGCAAUUUGUUGGAGUAUUCAGUGCUGCAGAGCGCGCACUUUCUUCAUAAUUAUUCAAUAGCGGAGUCUUGAGUUGGUCCUGGCUUUGGGGAAAAAAACCUGUGUGCAGUGCGAUUUUCUCAAGUAUAGCCAGGUUGUAGCUCUGCGAUGCAAAAGAGCAGACAACUUGCAGAGUGGAUGACGAGCAUUUCAAAGCCUAAUUCAAGCAAGUGCUUUGAUUCUCUAGCGCAGGAGAAAGA